UCCAAAAUGGUGAUAAUAAGUCGUCAUUCUUCGAAUUUACUCGAUUGUUUUGCCUUUGAUACUUUAUUCAUUAAGUUCCCCAUCUCAGCAAAUCUUCCAGCUGUUCAUUAGUGCAUGAAGCUUCAUUAAUUCGGGAGAAAAAAAAAAUAUUCACAAUGCCGAGGCGCAAGAAUCACCAAAGGAAAGUCGCCAUAGGGGAAGACACAAGGAUAGCUGUCAACUUGACAGUGAAAAAACUACUGGAAACUCACGAUCAGAAAGAGCUGGAGUUUCCCUCGUCAUACACAGCAGAAGAAAGAGCUUAUAUCCAUCAAUUGGCAGCUCAACUUGGGCUCAAGUCCAAGAGUCGAGGUAAAGGGGCGAAUCGGUUCAUGACAGUCUACAAACGCGAGGGCUCGACGAUCAUCCAGUCAGACGCCACCAUAAAACUGAACAAAAUUUCCAAGCAAUCCCUGGUAAAUCUCCUGGAGAAAUUCCCUCUGAACAAUAAAGAGAGACAAGAUUUGCUGCCGCCAACUGAGCGAGAACGGACAAUGGACAGUGGAAUAACGACGAACACUAAAGCGAUGGGAAGAUUGAACAGUUCAAUUGCCCUAGUACCUCAACUGCGUACGAACCAGGCCCUCGUGCAAUCGAGGAAGAGCCUUCCAGUGUACACAGCUCGGGAUAAAAUUCUCGAAGCCCUAUCGUCCAAUCAAGUACUCAUAAUCGCUGGUGAGACAGGUUCAGGAAAAACUACUCAAGUACCCCAGUAUAUUCUGGAGUACUGCCAGCAGAAAAAUCAGGCCUGCAGGAUAAUUUGCACGCAACCCAGAAGACUGUCAGCUGUCUCAGUUGCUGAAAGAGUUGCCUUUGAGCGUGACGAAAAAAUUGGCCAGACAUUUGGAUACCAAAUAAGACUGGAGAGUCGAGUUGCCCCCAAGACUCUCCUGACUUACUGUACAAAUGGAGUUCUCCUGAGGACGUUGAUGGGUGGUGAUGCAGCUCUGACAACAAUAACUCACAUAAUCGUUGAUGAGGUGCACGAACGUGAUCGAUUUUGUGAUUUUCUUCUGAUAGCAUUGAAGGAGGCACUCGUAAAGUACAGAUCACUGAAGCUAAUUCUGAUGAGUGCUACAAUGGACACAAAUAUCUUCGUCAAGUAUUUCACCCAUUGCAGCAUUAUAAACGUUCCUGGGCGGUGUCACGACGUCGAUGUUUACUUCUUGGAGGAUGUUCUCAAGAUUACGGGAUACACAACUGCCAAAAUGCUGGAGAAGAGAGAGGAGUUGAUCAAUAAAAAGGAGCAGAGAAAAGUCCUAGAGUCGUGGACACAGUACACCCCACAGCAGAAUAAGGCGCCGGGGCGUGGAAAAGUUACAGUGGCCACGCCAAUCCUGGGACAACAGUCUGUACCACAGCCUGAGAGGGUGAAGCUUGAGCCCUGGUUGAGGGAGGAGGUGGACAAGAGCAUCUCAGAUGCUUGGCUCAUCGGUGGUGAUGAUAAUUUUGCUCAACUCCUUCACCUCAUUCUCUCUGAAAACAUCUCUGUGGAUUACCAACACAGCAGCACCCUCGUGACACCCCUGAUGGUCGCUGCAGGUAGAGGUUGCAUCAACACCACUGAACAAUUACUCAAUCUUGGAGCUAACAUAAAUAUUCGAAGUAGCAACGAGUGGACAGCCCUCGACUGGGCGAAGAAGAUGAAUCAGAUCGAGUGCGCUGAGCUCAUCGAGGCUUAUCUCAAGACUUAUGACUGUAGAAUCGAAGACUCUGGAGUUCAAAAUAUCGAUGCACCACUCUCUGAGGACAAAUUCCUUCUGGACAUUUACCAUAAUACUUUCAACGACGACAACGUCAACUACGAUCUUGCAUUCAAUCUGAUUCAUUAUAUUCACACAAAACAACCCCCAGGAGCAAUUCUAGUAUUUCUCCCAGGUUACGAUGACAUCGUCAUGUUGCGAGAUAGAAUAAACAACGAGGAGAAAAUUAUGAAUCAAAAUAUGAUCUGUGAUCUAUUUGUCCUUCACUCUAACAUGCAGACGUCAGAUCAGAAACGAGUGUUUCGUCCAAGUCCCACUGGCUGUCGAAAAAUCAUUCUCUCCACAAAUAUUACUGAAACUAGUAUCACGAUUGAUGACGUUGUUUACGUCAUUGACUCUGGAAAAGUGAAGGAGAAAUCGUUCGAUGCACUCUGCGGUGUUUGCACAUUGAGAUCAAACUGGAUAUCCCAGAGUUGUGCUAAACAGAGGAAAGGAAGAGCUGGGAGAUGUCAGAAAGGUAUUUGUUACAGGCUCUUCUCAUCUACCAGAUACAACAGCCUGCAGGUGUACCCAAUACCAGAGAUCCUCAGGUUGCCACUACAGGAGCUGUGUCUCUUCACUAAACAUCUCGCCCCAGGCAAUACCCCAAUUGCUGAAUACCUUGAAAGAGCCUUGGAGCCUCCCUCCAACGUUGUCACGAGAAAUGCUGUACAAUUGUUAAAAUCCAUUGAUGCUCUUGAUGCUUGGGAGGACCUCACAGAGUUGGGAACACACCUUUUGGAUCUGCCAGUUGAGCCCAGACUUGGAAAGAUGCUGCUUUAUGCUGUUGUUCUCAAGUGUCUCGAUCCAAUUCUCACGAUAGUCUGCAGUCUGGCCUACAAAGAUCCAUUUUUCCUCCCCUCCCAGCCCUCCCAGAAACGUGCAGCAACGGCUGUGAGGAAGACAUUCGCUGGUGGCUCUUAUUCAGAUCACAUGGCAGUUCUCAGGGCCUUUCAAUUCUGGCAGCACGCCAGGUCUUCUGGGUGGGAGAAAAAAUUCUGCGAAAAGAAUUUCAUAUCCUCAGCUGUCAUGGAGAUGAUCACUGGGAUGAGGUCUCAGCUGCUGGGACAGCUCAGGGCCUCUGGAUUUGUGAGAGCAAGGGGUCCUGGUGAUAUCAGGGAUCUCAAUUGGAAUUCUGAGAAUUGGGCUGUUGUCAAGGCUGCUCUAACUGCUGGCUUAUAUCCCAAUCUCAUUAGGGUGGACAGGGAGCAUGGACAGCUGAGAACCCAGAAGGAGAGUAAGGUCUGCUUUCAUCCGUCAUCGACACUCAAGGAGUUCUCUAAAUCAACUAGAACCACUUCAGCUCAAUCACAUUCUGCUACUGUUAAUACUCUACCCUCUGACUGGCUUAUUUACGAGGAAAUGAGCAGAGUUGGAAGAUUUUGUCACGUUAAAACUGUCACUGUUGUCACACCAAUCACUGUUGCCUUGUUUAGUGGUCCUGCUAGGCUUACAAUGGACACCAUCUGCGAAACUGAGGCAGUCCCUGAGAGUGAAUCUGAUUCUGAGGUUGAGGAGACAAGGGAGGGCAUGACAAUUUUAAAAUUAGACGACUGGACUGUAUUCAAGUUGGAGUUUGAAGUUGCCAAACUUGUUCUCCAUCUCAGGCAGAAGUGGAAUGCACUUUUCUUGAGGAGAAUGAAAAAUCCCACUAGGAGUAUGACUGCACUCGAUGAUCAGGUUAUAAAGACCAUGGUUGCUAUUAUUUCUGCUGAGGAACAGAACUGUGAAAUACCACAACCUGCUGGUAUUGGACAGAGGCCCAGACCACUCAUCGUCGAUUAUUAUCCUGCCAAUGCCAGGAGAAAUGAGGAUACUGAUGACAGGGCCCCCUAGGAGGUUUCCAUGACUUUCUGUGCUCAAUACCGAAGGCUUGGGUUUAUUGAGAGAAACGACAGUCAUUAUAUCAGUAUUUUACUUCACAUUUCGGGGAUUAUCGGAGAGUUUCGAUUGUCAAUUGAUUUGCAAUUGGAACUUUGCAUGGAAAUUCUUUUUAAAUUAAUAGUUUUCACGAAAAAUUGAGGUUUAAACCAAAAUUCAACUUCAUCUCAGUGUCGUAUUCGUGAAUGACUCAAGGAAACAAUUUCAUGUAAUAAUGCAAUAUUGUUUGCCCUUUAUGUAAUUCAAAAUGGUAACUAAAUGCGAUGAACAGGCUGUGUAGAGUAGAAACCAGUGUAAUUCUUAUUUUAUUGCGUUAGUUAUUGAAAUUGAUAUUUUAUUAUCGAUAAUUACAGUUCAUGGAGUCUGAUAUUCAUGGAUUAUUACACUGCAACGACCGAUUCAUCAUAGCCAUUGAUUUUCAAUCGAUCUGAUUGAAAUUGAUCAUUUUUGUGGAUUUAAUAUUGCGAAUAUUAUCCUUAUCUGAUCCCAAAUAUUCCACAUUUAUAUUUUUUUGUUCAUUUUUUUCACGGUAAUUCAUUCGUUCCAAUUUUUUCCACCUGUUUUUUCAUUUCUCAUUAUUCAAUAGAACAUACGCUCAUUGCAUUUCAUUGCAUAAUAAGAGUAUCGUCUUUUAUUUUAUGAAAGAUCUCGAAUUCGGAUGGACGCGAUGAGUUCAUCUCUCCUAAUGUUCAAAUUUGUAGUAAUAUUUCGGUGUAAAUUGCAUUAAAAUAAAUGAGAAUUAUAAAUA